AGGACCGGAAGUGUUUGUAUUGUUCUGGAAGGGGAAACAGGCAUACAGAAACAGCACAGCAACUUCCACCUGUUUAUUUUCAUUUAUAUCCCCCACCCUUUGACUUUUCUGCAUAAAUUAUCCGUAUAAGUGCUUAAGCUGUAGUUUUAAGACGUAAUGGCCGCAAUGGCGUCGCCGCUGGAGAUGACGGAGAUGUACGACAACGCUCUAUUGGGAAUCCUGCAGCACGUUGGAAACAUCCAGGACUUUCUUCAGAUCUACUUUGGGUUUUUGUAUCGCAAAACGGACUUUUAUCGCCUCCUGUCGAGUCCCAACGACAAGAUGGGCUUCCCUCCUGGUGUAGCAGAGAAAAUGGUGCACAAGACAUUUAAGUUGUUUGAGAAGCUGGCAGAGCAAGACAGAGAGAGACAGCUGGUCCAGAUGCAGAAGAGAGCGGAGAAUAAAAGUGUUCCUGCAGCAGUUCAGGAGCUGGAGGUCACCACUGAGCAUCACAAGGAGACAGAGGAGCUGAGCACAGAAGGAGCAGAGAUGGAGAACAACAACUCCCCACUAGAUGCUGUGGAUGUCUCAAUCCCUGCAGCCUCAGAAGCGACUGUCGGCCCUCAGCCUGAUGCUGACAGUGGUGGCAGCUGUGAAGUUCCAGGGCCGUCAGCUCAGGAAGACCAGGCAGCUGCAGCCAGCACUGACGCAGCAGAGGAGCAUCAGGAGAAAUUUCAGUCUGAAUCUGACAGUUACAACGGGGCAGUGAGAGAAAACUACAGCUGGUCUCAGGAUUACACUGAUGUGGAGAUUCGGGUGAUUGUGCCCAAGACAGUCGUUAAAGGCCGACAGGUCAGCGUAAGUCUGCAGACCAGCAGCAUACGAGUGAGUGUGAGGGACGGAACCACAGAUGAAACAUUGAUGGAGGGAGAAUUCACACACAAGAUCAAUACAGAAAAUUCUCUUUGGAGCCUGGAACCUGGACAGUGUGUGGUUCUGUCACUCAGCAAGGCCUCGGAGGUUUGGUGGAGUGCGGUGCUUAAAGGGGAGAAGGAGAUUGACAUCAACCAGAUCAACCGCGAGCGCACCAUGGCAACAGUCGAUGAGGAGGAGCAUGCUGUGUUGGACAGACUCACUUUUGACUAUCAUCAGAAGCUACAGGGCAAACCACAGAGUCAUGAAAUGAAAGUGCAUGACAUGCUGAAGAAGGGCUGGGAUGCCGAAGGUUCACCUUUCAGAGGGCAGCAGUUCGACCCGUCCAUGUUUGACAUACCACCCAGUGCAGUGCAGUUUUGAGGCACAGCCACUGCUCAAGCAACACAAACUCAAUCUGAUUUGUAUUUAUGAAGCGGUGGAAAUAAAGACUGCUCACUCUGACCAGGAUUUCAAACCUGAUGAAUAUGUAUGUUGCUGACUCUACAGUGCAUACAGUAUACGUCUGUCUGCCCUGCCUGUGUGAAUCUCUUCUUAUAUUUCACUUAUAUUCUUAUACCAGUGCCAAAAACAUCAGAGCAUGUCGUCAUUUUCAAAAGAAGAAGCUUGAAAGACAAAAGUAAAUUAUUCUUAGGGGCUGUCCACGUGAAAAUGCGUUUAGGUUAAGUGUUUUUUUUUUUUUGUGAGCACUGAAAUAGUAUUUUGUUUUCAAAACGGGUCACAAAGUGGGAAAAUCUCAAAAAGCCUCCAUUGCGUUUUUGUGUAGGCAACCGAUACUUUGUCAUAGUCCCAACUCUCUCUCGCGCUUGCAAUUAUUGUCGUUGUUGGCUUCAUGAUAACUUUUCUUUCCUUAGUCGUCCUGGCUGUCUUCAUUCUGCCUCUGUUUCUGU